CUUUUCAUAAAUGAUGUAGGCAUGCUGCCACAAACCCUGUAUUUGCAUUCUAACAUUGAUAAUAUUGCCAUAUUUGGAGAAGAAGGAUUUAAGGGUGUCCUAUUUCAUGUUCAAGUGGAUGUCAGUGAUAUACAAG